CCAGAUCGAGUCAGAUGGUUCUCGGCUGCCGAUGAGACAGCACGCUCGCCGCGUUCGAAAUUUAAAACUUUUACGUUUAAAACUCGAAACACGAGGUUUUUUACGGAGUCAAAUGUAAAAAAGACGUUCUGUGUUGCCAGUAAUACAAUUUCAUUUGAGUCGGACAUUUUUAAUUCAGUAUUCGUGAUAACUAAGUAGAAAGUUAGCACUGACAGUUCUUUCUAUACAAACAGUGUUCGUGUAAUAUAUAGUUUGAUAUCGUGCUGUGCUUAUGUGAGGUUUUUGAACUGUAUCCGGAAACUUUUGGGUUAUAAGGUUAGCUGUUUCGCUUUUGGAGAGUUCCAAGUAUAGUUGAUCUGCCAAUUUCGACUGUGUGAAAAGGUGUAACUGCAACCAGUCUUUGGGAUUUACGAUUGCGGCCCACAAGACAAACGCCUCUUGUUUACGUCUGUCUAUAAGAUGUGACAAAAUCCACGAUGGCAGCCACUGAUGGCCAGGUCGUUGUGGCAGCGUCGCGGUGGGCGGACGAGGGCAGCUAUCUCAGGGAGUUUGUUGUCAAAAACCGACUGCCCAAUGUCGCCAAGAUCAUCAAAGGGCAAUAUGGAGGACUUGGCGUGCCGACACUGCCCAGUCCCGGACUCCAGAGCACCGCCCUUCUCGUCUCCGUCGGAAAGAGAAAAAAGAUAAUAGCACAAGCUAUAAAAUUAAAAGAAGGACGCCGAAUGGUUAGCGUAGGACCAAGAAUUGCUAUCCCUGAUUCCUAUAAAGGGUACUUUGAACUCCUCAGCGAAGAAGGUCGAGCUGUACGAUGUAUUGAAUCAGUAGCCGAAUUAGCAAGACGCAAACUCGAUGAUGGAUGCUUAGUUCGAGAGCCCGUUAGAGUUAUAUAUGCUAAAAUUGAUUUAGAUGGUAAUAUAACUGCCGAUGGAGCGAGGAAUCUACCUGCGGGUGAAGUCAUCAUGCCUAAAGGAGAAGCUUUCUUAGGCAAAAAUAAGUAUCUAAAAUGUACUGACUCUAAAGGUGACAUGGUGCUGCUAAGUCUAGAUCAGAGAGGGAAAUUCUCUGCUAUUGCCAAAGAAGAGAAUAUCAGUGGAGUGCACACAGCUAAAACUUUGCUAACAAAAAGAUUGCCAAUAACAGUGAGAUUAGUACAUGGGACCCCACCAAGAGGAUUGAAAAGUGCCAGUCAUUUUGUUCCAGAAAUAAGGUUACUAUCAAUGUUUGAAGAAGAACAUGUUUUUGCUUUACCCCUUCAGAAAGAAGGUAACGCAGUUGUGGCCCUACCUUUAGCAGCCCCGUUGAAAAUGCAAAAGUGCAAAAACGAGGAACAAGUAAAAAAUUUCAUGGAAUUUGCCAGACUAGUUGAAAAAUGUAACCGUCUAUUGGUGGACGUAGUCGAUAGGAUAUAUGUUUUAGAUGGGAAAUUAGGGGAUCCUAAGAGGCUUCUUAACGCACCGUUACACGCUCCACCGUUAGUCAAAACCGGUUAUUUCCUAAGAAGAAGCGCUUCCUCUGACACUGCCAACCAACACAAACAUUUAUCUCGUCACAGUCAUAUAUACAGUAGUCACAGAGACGAGAACAGUAUUCCUGAUGAAUAUGAUGAAAUAGAUCAAAUCUAUGACUACGUGCGGGGCUUUGCGCCUCUUCCCAAGAACAUAAAAGCAUCUUAUUCAAAUGAAGUAACAGCGAAACAUGAGUCAGCGCCGUCGUCUCCUGCACCCACGCCAAUCCACAUGCCUUUAAUUACAGAAAUUAAGCCAGAACCACCGCCUAUAGAAACUAUACCAACAAAAAAACCAUUAAAUAUCCAAAAAGCUGAGAAGCGUACGCGUAAAACUGCCAUAACUCCUAAAGAAACUCCUGUAACUGUUUAUAAAGAAAAGUGUUCUAUAGCGCCAGCUCCAAACAAUUUACCUAAGUUAUUUAUCAAGAAUAAUGUUAACAAUGGCAAAAACAGAAUGGUGUUCCGUCAAAAGAGUACUUCUCCGACAAAGGAGUCCCCUAGUCCUAUUACUAGUCCAGUUCGUCCUAUAACUAAAGGUGAUUCUCCUAUAUUCAACAUAAGGUAUAAGAGUCUCUCAAAUAUUCAUCAAGCUAUGGAACUAGAUGGAACGUUAGAUUCGAGUCAUUCUGGCGGACGAACUUCUGGUGACUCGGGCAACGGACCAAAACUGCCAGAAAAGAGAUCGAGGAAAAUCAGCAGGCCCAAGUCUUUGACGAAUCUAGUUUGGGAGCUAAAGGGUUGCCCUGUGGAGACGAAUGAGAAACCAAAAGCUAGGAUAAAGAAUGAGAGUUAUAAGAAGAUUGGGAAUAAAUUGUCCCUCGGUGCGCAGAAGAAGGUUCCGACGCUUUAUCUAUAAUUACAGAUCCAACGAGCUUCAUUCAAGAUAAGAAGAGUACUCACCAUUUUGGCUACGUUAACAAAAAAUGGAAACAGGAGCGAAUUUUGUAUAAUCAUACAAUAAUAAUUGCCCAAAAUAUACAUAUAACUAAUUAACAAAUGUUAUACAUAAUAAUGAGAUGAAAAAAAUCUGGAAUCGAACGGGAAUUGAACCCCCGCCCCUGUCUAUCCGCGAUCCUAUCCUCAUAACCACUGAGCUAUCGACACCAUGCCAGUUCGACUGAAUUAAUUCAUCCAUUCCAGAAUUUUUUCAUCUCAUUAUUAUUUUCAAAAAAAAGUUAAAAAGCAUGUGUGACAUGUAUAACAAAUACAUUUAAAUGUUAUACAUAUGUAUAAUAAAAAUACUUACCAAUAAUAUGCUGACCAUUCGGUUUUACGUUUAGAUUUCUUGUCUUAAAAAAUAUUGUCUUAUAACUUGAAUAGAUUCAAGAAAACCGAUUACUAAAAUAAAAUGUUCAAAGAUAUUUAAUUAAUUUUGAUUACUUCAAUUUAAAAUAGCAUUAGGGUAGAUGGCAAGGUCAGAAAAUUGUAAAAAUAUAUAUGCUCUGGAUAAAAUUGAUAUCUUUAAGGCCACUGUGAUCUGUGUGAUUUGUCCUAAUAUAUUUAUUUCUAUUUAUUUUUUUUUUUCACUGGUGUAUUUAAUAAUUUAUAUGCUUUCUCUGUAUGUUUUCUUCGUGCAAUAAAGAAUUUACAAACAAUAUAAAGGCCUUCGAAUAGUCAUCAAAAUAAAAAAAUUACAUCUGCCCUGUUGUAAUAAACUCAACAAUGAAAACCUACUUAAAUACCUAAUUUUAGACUAAGUAUAAAAAGAAAUAUAGUAAUCAGUUCUAACCCAAUCAUGUGGUAAUCAAUUUAAUCAUAUAAUGAAGACAUAUUUUGAUCUCUUAAUUAUAAAUUGUUAUUUAUGAUUUUAAUGCCAUAUUACGGUGUAAUACUUCAAUGUUGUGUAACUUGUGUUAGUUAAGAAUAGUGUAAUGUUUUUUGAGUGCCUAUUUCCUUAAUCGGCAGUAUAUCAAGUGUAAGUGUUCUUUUUUCAUGUGUAAACCAAAAAAACAUGAGGUGCCUUAUUAUGUAGUUGUAAUGAUUUAUUCAUAAUAAUGUACUAUGUAAUGGCAAGUUGUCAAUACUAAUAAUUCAGUGUUUCCAUCUGCACAUUUUUUUUCCAAUGUAAAUAAAAAAUAGUUUUUAUUAUAGCUUGUCGUUCUGCUAGCUUUUUUAAAUGACUUCAAACAAAAAAGAAAACGUGCAGUACGUUUACAAACUACAUAACUAGUAUCAUUUAUUUUACAAAUCGAAAAAAAAAAUUUGUCUAUGCUUCUUAUGAAAUACUCACGAUGCGUGAAAUAAAGCAUACUGUACGUACUUAUUAAGAUAAAUAAAUAAUAAGAAACAGUCACAGUUCUUUAUAUAAGUGAAUAGUUUUAAGACGCGAACAAAAAUAUUUUUAUUCUUAUGCAUUUAUAAUAUUUCUACUACAGUCAUAGUGAUUUUAGGUCCUAUAGGUAUUCUACCUGUUUAAAUAAUGACAGUUUUAUAACACAGAAAACCAUGUAAUAUUUUGUUAACUAUACUGAAAUUAGCUUAAAAAUUGACAUAAUUUGUUCAUUGAAGUGUCUAAAAUAUAGCUAGGAUCCCUGUGACAGCAGGAUGAACUUAUACAUUCGAAGUGUGUAGUAAAAUUUUCGUACUAUUUGCCAUCUGUCACUGGGACCAAGCUAUGUUUUAAAAACUUUAUUCAUGUGGUAUUCAAUUGAAUACCGUAAAUGAAAUUUACACCAACUUUCAAUAAACGAACGAACUUAAAUAAAAUCAUGAAAAUAAAUUUUAAAAUUAAUAAUUGAAAUAAAUAUUCACGAUUGUUUGAAUAUAUUACAUCUCUAUCGCUCUCAUUUCGAAAUUAACGUUGCAUCCUGCUGUCACAGAGAUAAAACUAUAUUUGACACACUAUAAAUCAGCUCUCUUUUUCUGACUAUAAAACUGUCAUCACUUAGUUUAAGAUCUUAAUACUUAAUCUUUGAUAGUUGUCUCGGAGAUGCAAAUACCAUUUUUUGUGACUUCGACAUAAUUAUCACAACAUAAAAAGUAAACUUAUUAUGAAUUGUUAAAAUAAAAUGAAAUCUUGACGUGAUUUCAAAUUGACUAUAUAUUUAUUUUUGUUCAGAACAUACUCAAUUAAAUAAUAUUUGUGCAAGUUAAAGUAAGGGAACAUGCGUUGAUAUAGAUAUUCAUUGCAUAGGUACAUUAUUUACCACCAAUUAAGAAGACAUUUUUUGCUAUCAUACAUUCAUUCACCCAGUAGGUAUUUCUAGUGCCGUGCCUAGACAACAAACGCCAAAAAAUAACAUGUUUUACUUCUGUGAAACAGAAAUCCAAUAAAAUCAGAUAAAAAUCCAUUUGUUGGCUUUCAUUAGCUCAGUGUGGACAUAGCAUAAUACAAAAGUGACUUUCAUAAAAUUGUUGCCAGCACAUAAAUAAAGUAAUGUAAUUUUCAUAGUUUUGAUUUAUGUCUGGCCAUGUAGUUUUUUUUUUUUUAUAAAUCACAAUAUGAUUCAAAAGACAUAAACAGUUCUCUAAAAUCUUUUGUUGUCUUUUAUAUUAAAAAUAAAACCAACUUUAAAUAAUUCAUAGUAAGUGUUGCUAUAAAUAAAAUAUCGAUCAUUCGAAUAUCCAAAUAAAAUAAUCCAUGUUUAGAUUUAAGUUAGCAUCCAGACGUUCGUAAUGUUUAAGAUAUUUUCUACAUUCGUAAUUUUCUGUCUUGUUCUCAACACUCAAUAUUGUAACUUUUACGACGUAAAUAAACAAAAUUAUAUGUA